AUGGCCAAUAAAUAUGAUGUACAAAGGUUACUUUAGACAAAAUAUUCACACAGCCAAUCUUAUUAUGAUGUGAAAAUUCUAGAUGAUUUUGUAAGUUCUAGGAGAACCUCUGAAGUGAUUAGAUUCUAUUAAGUUAUAGACUAUCAAGAUGAUUCUGAAUUUUUAAGCAGAUUAUAUUUUUUAAGUAAGUUUGUAUUAUGAAAUAUACUUAUUAGAUGAGGUAUUCGAAAAGCUUCGGCUCUUCAGUGAGUAUUACAAAUAUCACAAUGAGAUACCUAGAUUUUUUAUGCCAAAACUAUGCAAGAUCAUGAGCAAGUAUUUUAUACAUAGACAUACACCAGUUAUCAUGACAAAAGAAGAAGAAUUGAAUACUACAGGAUCAAACGGAUAAUAGAAGAAGAAAAUAAGAAAAACCCUAGUAAACCAAAAAAAACCAUUGUUGGAAAUUUACCUUAAGAUACUAUUCCAACAUCACCGAAACCUUUGUAAAUGUAUAGCAAGAUCCUUUCUGAGAUUUAAGAUGCCUCAACAACUGUUGAAGCAAUAAAUAAUAAAUUGAAUGCAUUACAAAUGAAUGUUGGCGAGUUAAAUCUGCUACCAUCUAAUCGAGAACAAGAAUAGUUGCAAGACUUCAUUCAUUUUAUUGUCGAUAAACAUAAACUGAAAACUAUCACUCAACAAAUGUAAUUAAACUCCCCUAAAACUUAUAAUGAACCUUCUUUAGGAAUGAGACAGUAAUCAAUCAAAUAAAUCAUUUCGAGAACUUAGAAAAAUUAAUGGACUUUUCCCUUAUCCCCAAAACCAGGACAAAAUGUUCAAUCAUAAGCUAAUGGUUUUACAUAAAGGAAAAUCAUUAAGGAUUCUCUUCAGAAAAUGCUCUCUCCUGUUUAAAAAAUUAUUAUAAAUUCCCCAUCAAAUCAUAAUUAUAAUAACACUACCAUCCAAUUGAAAUCAAAGUAAAUAUAAAUUUAAGCUAGAAUAUCAUCAACAAAAAACUAAUAAUAGAGUCUCUCCAUAUCCAAAAAAUUAAAAAUAAAUAAUGUUAUACAUUUUCCUCUAAGGAUGCAUAAACAUACUAGAUCAGAUUUUAGACUAAACAGAAAAUGA